CGCGCGCCUGUCGGGGUCGGCGCUGUGGCGCGGGCGGCCCGCUCUCCGGUGCCAUGCGCUCGCUGCUCGGCCUGCUCCUGGUCUUCGCCGGCUGCACCUUCGUGCUGUACCUGCUGUCCACUCGGCUGCCCCAGGGGCCUCGGCUGGCCUCGGCGGAGGAGCCCGGAGGCCGGUCUCUGUGGUUCCCCUCAGACCUAGCAGAGCUUCAGGAGCUCUCCGAGAUCCUUCGAGAGUACCGGAAAGAGCACCAGGCCUAUGUGUUCUUACUGUUCUGCAGUGCCUACCUCUACAAACAGGGCUUUGCCAUCCCUGGCUCCAGCUUCCUGAACGUUUUGGCUGGUGCCUUGUUUGGGCCAUGGCUGGGACUUCUUCUGUGCUGUGUACUGACCUCAGUGGGCGCCACAUGCUGCUACCUGCUGUCCAGUAUUUUUGGAAAACAGCUGGUCAUCUCCUACUUUCCUGAUAAAGUAGCUCUGCUGCAGAAGAAGGUGGAGGAGAACAGAAGCAGCUUGUUCUUCUUCUUACUGUUUCUGAGACUCUUCCCCAUGACACCAAACUGGUUCCUGAACCUAUCAGCCCCGAUUCUGAACAUCCCCAUUGUGCAGUUCUUCUUCUCAGUUCUUAUUGGUUUAAUCCCGUACAAUUUCAUCUGCGUCCAGACGGGCUCCAUCCUAUCUACCCUCACCUCUUUGGAUGCUCUCUUCUCCUGGGAAACCAUCUUGAAGCUAUUGGCCAUUGCCCUGGUGGCCUUGGUGCCUGGAACUCUCAUUAAAAAACUUAGCCAGAAGCACCUGCCACUGAGUGGAAUAAGCAGUGCUAACCAUCUAGAUAGCAGGAAAGACACGUGAUGUGGAUUCUGUGUCUGCCAUUGCCCUAGACUCUGCGGCUGCUCUGUGUGAUGGGAAAUGAUCCUUUAAAGGUUCUCAUGUGUUUUAAUUACCCUCGGCAGGUGAUCUGGACACUGUUCGUCUGUGUGCAGAGGCUUGUUAAAAGGGUACUCUGCUCUAGAAUGUGAAAUGUAUCGGGUACGCAGUCCAGCCCUGGCUGAGCAGGAUUCUGUGAUAGGGAUGGUUUCCUAGAAAAAUCCUGUUUCAGUUCUAUUGAAUGACAAGGGAACUCGGGAUACUCUAUUGGGUUUGCCUCUUGCCAGUCCUUGAGCUGUUGCGGGAGAAGAUGCUGGUUGGCCUUGUCCAACAGGCUGUAUGAUGGGCGCAGUCCUGCUGAGACCCUGUGGAUGUAUCUGCUGACUCGCAAAUCCACAUUGCUGAUAGGACUUUUCACCCUCUUUUAACGCUCCUGAAGCGUUUCUUCUGUCCAUUUCUGCUGAUGAUCUACCUCUUCCAUAAUCCAAGGGAAACGGCUUAGGCUUUGCACACAUAGCUCAAAUGUUAACGCUUCCUCAGUGCUUCCGUGUGCACACGUUGACGUCACCAUCUCUGUUGUACGUUUUCGGUGUGGGACUCUUCUGCCUCCUGUGGAAGAAUGGAGCCAGCAUCCUAGGCCAUCAGCCAGUGUAUCCUAGGAAUGCUUUGCAUUUUGCAUUUGCUAAGAAUAGCUAAGGAAUAGAGAGGAAAGUUGGUGUGUUUUCUUGGUUGUAUUGUUCUGUAAACAGAGCGUGCAGCCAUGGGAGGACUGUAAUCAUGACAGCAGCCUGGGGCUAGGAGCCAGUGCCUCUAGAGUUCUGAAGUGGCUCUGGACAGCAGGUCUGUGAUUCUGCUCAAAGAUUCCUUACAAUGGCUUUGCCAUCUGCUUAGAACUUGGCACUGGAUGAAACCCUGCCAUCAUGCCUUGGCUACGAAACAGUUACCAAUGCCUUAACCCAGGCCCUUCCUUAUUUUUCAGAGCAGUGAUAUCAGAACUACUCUUCAGCCAUCUGAGACGUGCUCCAGGUCCCACCAGGGUCCUCCACUUAGCAGCUCGGUUCUUUGCAGUUUGAACAGGCACUUGUAGUGCCCGUUAUAUCACGUAGAUAGGCAGACAACAGGACUCCCGUGCUAGUUGAGUCCAUUGGGACAUUGCUUCUACUGCAUCAGCAAAGAAAAUCUGCUGCCUGGAAAGGCACUAAAUGUGACAAGAAUGUCACGUUGUUCUCACAGCAUCUUGGGAGGAAGCCGGCAACAGACGCCGCACCUGAACUUCCUGUGUAUACAUGGUGAGGGAAGAACAUGCCCGUGUGGUGUAGUCUGCUGCUGUGAGUAAAGAGAUGGUUUGUAGUUAUCCGACUGGACCUGAAGUUCAAAAGGACUAAAGUAGAGGCAAGCAGCCCUUGACCUGUCCUGCCCUACCAGGCUUUGGCGGAAACUGAGGAGGAGAAUACUGGCCUAACUCUGUUGCUCAAAAUCAGGGAAACAAGAUCUCAAAUCAUCAUUAGGAAAUAACUGAGCUUAGAGCUGGGUUGGUAAACUUUUCUUUGCGUAUCAGUUCCAGCCAAGUCUUAACUUGCUCCAAAUGCUGUGUUUGGCUCUGGGGCUGUUUGCUUGGCUCAGCAGGUGCUCAAUAAACAACGUUCGUCAUAGUAUUUAGGGUGGAGGUGGCACAUGAUGAUAUGUAAUAGUGCUUUGGUUUCUGGAAAAACAAAAUGUGAUGCUAUAUGUGGAACAGAAGAGGAAUUCCUGGGAUUUGAAUGUGUUUUGGUCUAGAGAAUUGGGCUUGAGGAAAUUUAAGCUGGAAUGUACUUUGAAAAGAAAGUUUGACAAGGGAGAUGUUCUCUAGGUCCCACUCCUGAGGAACUGUUGACAGCUGCUGGGGAGGGAGAGUCAUUCUUUGAGAGUGUGGUCUCUGGUAGGUGGUCGAUGCUCUAGUGGAUAACCCCAUACUCACGUACAUAAAGGUGGUACUAAUUGAGUUAGUGGGUUCUCCCCCCUCCAAAAAAAGACAGGAAGUUGGGAGGAGGAUGUCAUAGUUAGCAUCCUCUGUUAACUUGACACACAUAGUCAUUUGAAAAGAAAGAAUCUCAAUGGUAGAAUGUCCCAAAUUAAUCUGGCCUGUGGCCAUGUCUGUGAGGCAUCUUCUUAAUUGCUGAGAAGUGAGCUGAGCAAGCCAGUAAGCAGUAUUCCUCCAUUGUCUCUGCUUGAGAUGCUGCCUUGGCUUCCCUUGAUGGACUCUGAGCUGUAAGCCAAAUUAACCCUUUCCUCUCCAAGUUGGUUUUGGUCGGAAUGUUUUCUCAUAGCAACAGAAAAGCAAACUAGCACAGGAGACAUAAAGGGAGUUAGAGGGGGGAUAUGAGGGGUGGACAUGAUCAUAUUUCACUGUAUGCAUGUAUGAAAUUAUCAAUAAAUAAUUAUAAAAUUUGA